GCUGCCUCGGGGUGAGGUGGGAGGGAGGCUUCCGGUCCCGCUGCGCUGCCGUGAUCUGUGCGCGUUGUGAGCGCCGUUAAAUCGCAGCAGUUCUCCGAGGAGCGGCUCUACGACCGGCUCUCCCGCUGCUGGGGGUUGGCCGCGAAGCCUGCCCUCGUCUGGCGUUCCUGGGCUGUGCCGGUAGUUGUGCGUGAUAAACCGAGCGAGGGAGUCGUUCUUUAGCGAGGCUGAACAGAGAGCUGCUGUUCUUGUUCUGCCCUCGUAAUCGCUGGUAACCCGUUUAGUUCACAGGCCCUCAAUGGAAACUGACUGCAGUCCUAUGGAGUUGACCAAUAACGCAGAGUCUGAAGAGGAUUCUGAUUAUAGAGACUUCGAAGAAGCAGAUGUAAAAGAUAUGAGACUAGAAGCCGAAGCUGUAGUGAAUGAUGUUCUGUUUGCUGUCAGCAACAUGUUUGUUUCAAAAACCCUUCCAUGUGCCGAGGAUGUGGCAUAUAUCAACGUGGAAACCAGGGAAAGGGGCAGAUACUGUGUGGAGCUCACUGACUCGGGACUGAGGGUAGUAGCUUAUGAUUUUGAUCAGACUGAUGACAGUUUGCAAAACCCAUACCAUGAAACUGUCUACUCCUUAUUGGACACACUCAGCCCUGCAUAUCGGGAGGUGUUUGGAAAUGCAUUACUACAAAGACUGGAAGCUUUGAAGAGAGAUAGUCAAUCAUGAUGUUCCCUGAAGGGAGGAAGAUUUAAGACUAGAAGGAUUUCUUUGUAUGAGGCACUGAGAUCUUUGUUACAAAUGCAGCUGCAAACAUCUAAGAUUCAUUUCUUGCAUUGAUAUCUAAUACAUACUAGAAUUGUUCUAUAACAUAUUGCUGCAGAAGAUUUAUGCAUAUCACAGUGCUAUCCACUUGGAUAGACUGUAAAACUAAUCAAUGUUUUCUUUUUGUUGUAGGUGAGCUUAUAAAUUCUUUCAAAAAUGUUCAAAACUAUUUGGUCUCUUUUCAAAGUGUUACUAUUGAAAGCUCUUGAAAAAAUGUAGAGAAUGAAUGUUAUAUAGGCAAAUAAUAAUCAUUUUUUGGCUUACUGGUUAUUGCCAUAUCUGAUUUUUAACAUGGAAGUUAACCAUCUAAUUACUGUCUGUUAAUUGAAAUUAAUAGAACAAAACAAGCAGUUAACUUCUAUUUCAAACUGAGAAAUACUUUCACACCAAUUUGCUGUGCAUAAAUCUGAAAGUUCUGAGUUUUGAUAACAAGAAAGCUCUUGAGCAGCUGAGUGUUGCUUAUAUAAUGACAGUACCUGAGCUGAAAGGAAACUUAAUUAUUACUUGAUCUGUCCUUGUCUACAAUGAGCAACAAACUCCAAAGAGUAAAUGAUCUACCGUUACUAUAUGAAUGUAUUGUCUGAAUUGCAAAUGAACUAAGCACAGAAGUAAGUUAGGAUGUAACAGGCUACAUUCCUUAAGGAUGAUAUAUGUAUGCUAUACUGUAACUUUUUGGGAGGUUUGGAAGACAUUUUAGCUUGUUUACUAUUCUGAAUGUGUUUACAUAAUGUGCAGGAUAUAUCUACCCAGACUAUUUCUGC